GAAGUUUACUUACAUUUCUUUUCCUGCAAAACUUCUGCGAGAAGCUUUACUGUGCGUUUCCUGUGCGUGAACUACAGCAUCAACUAGGGAUCCCUACAUCAAGUCUUUCGAAACCGAAAUCAGGUAAUGUAGACGAAACUCUGAUUUUAAGUUAAUCGAAGUGUCUCUCUCCUUUCUCCCUUUCUGUGAUUGAUUUAGAGUCCUCUGAAGAAAGUUAGGGUUAGAGAUGAGAAGGAUUUUGAAUGUGCAAUAGAGGGGUUUUUUUUUUUUUUUUAAAUGGGUCCUGACUUCAUUCCUCCCCUCUACUUCGUGCAGAGUUUGAGAAAAUGUCCUCAGAAGGAACAGAAAGUGUGGUUGGGAGUGAGGUGAUGCCUUUAGACUAUGGGAGCAUGGACUCAGAGAGUAGUCCAUCCCCAUCUAGUUCGGAGAAGAUGGUGGAGGGGGUGAGAGGGGAUGAGGUGGUGGAGGUUGGGGGGAAUGAGGUGGUAGGGGUUGAGGGAGAUCGCAUACCUAUCACCGUAGUAGAAGUAGAGGGUAGAGGGGAGAGAGAUUAUGAUGGGAAUGCAAAGAUAGUGGAGGAGGUGAAGCAGUACCGAUCUAAACUAAGGACCAGGGAUAGCUUGGGUCACUUAGUAGAAACGUAUGAAAUCUCUUCCCGAGUGUUAGUUAGGCCAGUUGGGGUAGAAGAGAGGGCGUGCUCUGCUCCUCGGGAUCACUGGAUGCCUGUGUAUUCCCACUAUUUGAUAGCGGGACUCAGGUUUCCGCUUCCUGAGUUGCUAAUAGGUUUACUGUUAUAUUACAACAUAGGGUUGACACAGUUGGUCCCCAACGCAAUAAGGGGGGGAAGUAGGAGGGAUAAUGGGUGGUAUUAUUUCACCCCUAAGGGGGAUGCCGAGGUGAGGGAGUUAGCCUCCUGGAAGGCUAAAAGGGCCAACCAGAAUAGCGCACAAUGCAUAGAAGCUGCUGAGCUCUAUGGGCCAAGCGCUUUAAGUGAAGUUGAAAUGGACCAGUUUCUGAACACUGCUAGAGGAGCAGCUAUCCCCAAGAAGCCAAGGAAGAAGUCAAGGACUUCAACCAAGCAAGUGGAUGAGGGGAGGGCUGGGAAGGAGGUAGUGCCCUUGGCUUCAACUGAGACGGAGGAGGAGGUGCCACUGCUGAAGAGGAAGGGUUGGGAGGAGAGGAUGGCACUGCAGAAGAAGCAGAAGGUGGUGGAGGAGGAGAGGGGGAAUGAGGUUCCUGAGUUUGUACCUCAGCCUCCUCUUGUUGAGCUGAACCCUCAGCUCAGACGGUUGGAGGAGGGGGCUGAGGUACGAGCUCCUGGUAAGGGAAAGGGCCCUGUUCCCCCGGUGGUGCCUCAGAGCAGCCUGUUCGAGGUGAAGAACAUGACGGGGGCUAGGUGGUUCAUCAACAGCACCUUCCUCGAAGUGGACAAACGCAACACGCGGGAGGAGGCUCUGAGGUAUGGGGGAGCAUCUGUUGUGAAGCACGUUCUUGAGAGCGCGAGCUGGGUGAAUGGUCUAGCCCAGGAGUUCAUGGAGAGCGUGAGGGAGCGCUCACUCUUGCAGAGGCAGUGUGACCAGCUGCAGAAGGAGAAGGAGGAGCUAGAGAAGAAAAAUAAAGAACUCACCAAGCUCGGCUUUGAAGAGAGCAAACGAAGGAUCUUUGAAAGCGAACGUGAGGCUCAGGCGCAAGAACUAAAGCUGACGAAGGAGGCUUUCUUGGAGCUGAAGGGGAAUGUUCAGACCUUGGUGCACAAUGGGAUGAAGGAGCACAUCAGCAACUUCAUCAGCUCCAGCUCGUUUGACAACAUCGUCAACUUAUACCGGCUGCCUACUGCCAUCAUUGCAUUCACGAACUGCAGGAAGAAGGUGAAGGCAGAAUAUCCCGAAGUGGAUAUUACGAAGAUCACCUUCGGAGAGCAAGAAGAAGGAGUGGAGGAAGAUGGUGAGAGCAUGUCAGCAGACUUUCUUCCUCAGAUCAAACUGAGGUGGGAGGAUGAUGCAAACGGACGUGCUGUUUUCCCUCCACAGUUCGACUUCGAGUUCGUGGCAGUGGAGGAAGAAGGGGCAGAGGUAGAGGAAGAUGAGAUGGAGGCAGGAGUGGAGGGAGCUGAGGUGGAUGAGAGCCAACCAGUUCCAGAAGUGGAGAUUCAUCCAGUUCCCUCCGACGAUGAGCAGCCUCCUCUGCCAGACGAGCAGCAGCCAACACAGCCACCUCCUCCAGCUGAGCAGGAGCCAGUGGAGCCACCUCUCCCAAUAGAGGAAUAAUUUUGUUUGUUUUUAAUUUUUUUGUAAAGACAUUUAAUCAGUUUGUAAUACUUAUAUUAUUCUGAAUGAAAAUUUAUUUUUGAAAUUAUGUUUUUAUUUGUGUUUGCCUUUUUGUUAUUAUAUAUUGAUAGAAGAACUGAGACUACUUUUUAAAAAAAAAAGUUAAUAAAAAGAAGUUAAUCAC